UGAUGAUAGUAUGAAAGGGAGGACAAAUAGCAAAGAAAUAGGAGAGAAGAAAGAAAAUGCCGCUCGCCAAAUACUACUGCGACUACUGCGACAAGCAAUUCCAAGACACGGCUUCUGCUAGAAAGCGCCAUCUCUCCGGCAUCCAACACCAGCGCGCCAAAUCUCUCUGGUACGACUCCUUCAAAGAUCCAUAUCGAAUUCAAUCUGAUGGCUUUGGAAAGGGCGUCUGCAAUCAUUUCGUCCGGACGGGAUUUUGCCAGUAUGGUGAUGCAUGCAAAUAUUUCCAUCCUAAGCAAAAUAUACAAAACCCAACUCAAACCAUAUCAGGAAUGAGUUCUGGAAUGACUCUGCAGCCACCAAUUAUUUUGGGUGGUCCGCCUGUAGGAGGCCCUCUGUCAGGGGAUGUGGUUAGAGACGGUACAAGAAUUUCAUUGGGGAACUUACCACCAUCACUGCAGCCACCUCCAGAAGGGGGAUAUCCACACCUCCCUUUUGUUGACUGGGGAUAGAUCUUGGUCUUUUCCUUCCAAGUCCAUUCCUUCUACAAUCUUGAGCUACUUUGGUAUAUCUCAGCGAAAUCAGCCAAAGGAGUGCCUCUCCUUUUGAUCCCUAAUCCUAGAGCCCCCAUGGCAAAGGUAAUUGGGCUCUGUGUCUGGAAAUAUUGAGGAACCUUUGGGAUUGAAGUGAAGUAGAUCAGCAAUUCGUUGCAGUUAAAUCCUAUUGGACCAAAAUACCCUUGGCGGCUAUCUUGUGUUAGGAUUAGAGCUUGAUGAAAGAAGGAGAGUGCGCGUGCAUUAGGAUGGGUGAGGGUCGCAACUAUGAUGCGGCCAGAAGCUGACACAUGUGAGAGAAUUCUGAGUAUAUUUGAAAUUCCAGCAGCAUCAAGGCCAGAGAUUGGUUCUUCAAGAAAGAGGACACUUGGGUUUGCAGCAAGCUCAACAGCAAUGGUGAUCUUCUUCGCUAUCUCGAAGGUUUUUCCGGUGGCAUCACGGAGGGACCCAACAAGUUGGUUAGCAUAAAGCUUCAAGCCGAGUUGGUCGAGGAUUAGCUCGACAUGGAUGUGGCGGCUCAUGGAGCUGAUUGUUCGGUCAAGCCGGAGGCCAGCACUGAAAAGGAGGGACUCGCGCACAGAAAGGUAAGGCUGGUGGGCGUCUAGCUUCUCAACAUAGCCAACAACUCUAGAAAAGGCAUUAGACAGGUUGUAGCCAUUGGCUUGGACCUCGCCAUUAAGGCUGCCAUCUGGAGGGACUCUGCCAGAGAGGCAUUUGAGGAGAGUGGUCUUACUUGCUUUGGAGCCACCUAAUAAGGCUAGCAUGGUUCCAGGUUUAGCAUAGCCAGUGAUACUGUUGAAAACUUGAACUCUUUCUUUCAGUCUGGCAUCAUACCUGUGGCAAAGGUUAAAAUAGAUUUAGGAGAUGAAGAGAUUCAUGCUAUUGAUGCAAGAAGAGAUUCAUGUACGUGUAGAUUCAGGGGAAUUUUGUGGCAGUGAGAUUGUGAGCAUCUGAUCGAAUGAUAGUUGGAAAAAUCUCAACGUACCUAGUGAAUGAAAUAUCCAGGAACAAGAGUGUCACUGGCACAACUGGCAGGCCUAGCCGGCCCCACUCCAUAUCUAAUCGAAACUCCUCAAUCCAAUUUCCAACCCCUCCAACAUCCUCCACCACACUGGGACCUGACAUGGGUGUCCGUGGCCUGGCAUGCUUGGAAAUGCUGGAUUUGUCUGGAAACUCAUCAUAACCAUCGGAUGAACACCACCCAUUUUCAGUAUCCUCCCUGUAAUUGCUUAUAACUGGUGUCUUCUUCAGCUGUGGCAACGAUGAGCUUGUCCCUGUGAAUUCUAUCUUCUUCAGAGCCACCAAUGCUGACAAGAUGGUGAUGGCUGUCCACCCCAAUAAAAUGACAUAAGGAAGCCAUGGCUUUCCAGAGUCAUCAGAUAGUUCGUUGAAGGCCAAGUAGGCUUUUCCAACUGUCAUUGUUGGAAACUGGUCACAGAAUGGCAUUUGGUUGAGGUAUUUCGAGCAGGGGUCAGUGUAGCCUUUGGAGAACUGGAGGUCACAGAAGGAGACAUUGGCCCAGUGAAUCGGGUUCACAUACACGAGCCAUUUCCAGUAGAGAGGGAUGUUAGAUGGGUAGAUUACAAAGCCACUGAAGAGCAGGAAGAUGGAGACAAUGAGGCCUGCAAUGAAUUGAGGAUAAAAACAGAGAAUAUGGUAAUCUAGAUUCCUGAUAGAAAGGGUUUCUUGUAACUUUCUAGUUCUUUUUUUUUUUUUUUUUUUUUUCCUUUUUUUAUUUGUAAUUGUUUAGCGAUUUUCUUCUCAUGAUGUUAAUAAUACCUGCCAAAGCAUUUCCUACUUCUGGAAUGGAUGAAAUCGCACCGAGGAAGAAGAA